AUGUCACUCAAUCAGGAGUCUCCGGCAGCACUCAGCGCGGAACAGAAACCUAUUUCUCUGCCAACCAUUUUGAAAGAUAUAUUGUCUGAUAAAGCUCCGAGACCCUAUACCGCCAAUGCCUUCUUCGACUUCGUAUCUCACACGCACUGCACCGAGUCGCUAGAUUUCAUUGUGAAGGUUCAAGAUUACCAUAAUCUUUAUACCAGUCUGCAGUCUUUCUUCAACAAAGAGGUGACUCAAGAAUCUGCGCAUGUGGGAAAAGAGUGGAAAUACUUAAUGAGCACCUUCAUUUCACCUGGUUCUCCCAGUGAAUUAAAUCUGCCAUCGAACAUACGCGAUCAACUGCUCAGUCAUUUCGACCCGAUGCUCUCACCACCAAGGCCAGACCAUUUGAAUCCUGCUGUCCGGCACACUUCCGAGAUGUUGACAGAUAAUAUUUUGAUACCAUUUUUGAGAAGCUCACCCAUUUCAAAUAACGAUACCAUUCCGCCAUGGGAUUCUUCAAGCCACCAAUGGUCUGGUUUAAGCAACUCAUUCACUGCCGAAAAAAGACCAUUCCUGAAACGGUCUCCAAGCAUACUAGAGGAAAUCGGCCUUGGGUAA